AUGGCAAACGUUGAUGCACGAAUCUCCUUACAAAGGAGUCGAUUUAAUUUAAUACAAGAGGCCGCUGAUUUCACCGAACAAGACAUUUCGUCUUUCAAUCGACAACUUAUUACUACCCGGUUGGCCUUGUUGGAACAGAAUUGGAAUAGAUUUCAGGAAGAACACGAGAACCUAUGUCUAUCCGAAAGCGAAAAUCUGAGUCAUCAGCCCUAUGUAAGGGAACGAGUCUACGAGCGCUGCCAAGCCUUCUAUGUGUACUCGCGUGCAAAACUACUUACCAAACAGGAGGAAUUAGACAGCGUGGGCCAGUCUUCCGGUUCUGCGCAUUCGGAACAAGGGGCGGUCCGUUCGUUGUUGCCGCGCAGCGCACUUCCAAGAAUUAAAUUGCCAAACUUUUCCGGAGAAUAUCAUUCGUGGAGAACAUUUCACGAUUUGUUUGUUUCAUUGAUCAAAGUAAACUCUGAUUUGACUGACGUAGAAAAAAUGCACUAUCUAAAAACGUGUCUCACUGGAGAGGCGGCUAGACUUAUCUGUAACUUGCCACUUUCGGGAGAUAGCUUUGCCAUAGCUUGGAACCUAUUACUUUCGCGAUACGAGAAUAAACGAUUCUUGAUUUGCGCGCAACUCGACCGUAUCGCAAACUUGAAGCCCCUCAAAACAAAGAGCGCCAACAGGCUGAGGACUCUCCUAACAACAAUUCUAGAAGCCAUCGGAGCAUUACGGGCCCUCGACUGUUCCGUACACAAUUGGGAUCCCUUGUUGAUACACCAGUUUACGAGGCUUUUAGACUCGGAAUCUCGGGAGGCUUGGGAGGUGAAACUCGGCUCAUCUCCUACGUUCCCAACCUUCAGUCAGUUCGAAGAAUUUUUAAGCGGAAGGACAAGAGCCAUGGAGAACCUUCAACCGAACCUGGCUUCGGGAUCAAAUAAAGAACCAUUCCGCAAGCUAUUAUCCCAAUGA